AUGGGUUACUCUUACCUCCUAGAGUCCCCGGCUGCUUUGGCCACCUUUAGGAACGGCAAAGUGUUUGUGCAGGACCUCAGAGUCGUCCACGCCAAAGACUUAAACUUCGUCCUCCGCUCUGAGAUAUACGUGCAUUGGGACGGGCAACUCCGGGCUUCGCAUUUGAUCCUCGGUGUGGAGCCGGUUUAUUCUACUUGGCAGCCGUUCAAGCAGGCCCUGAUAGUUGACAGCCCCCUGCUGUCGUAUAUAGACGUUCGGUACGUGAACUUUUUACCGCCGAGUCUUACAACCGGGGAAGCGAGGGAAUUUGGCCGGCGGGUUACUCGCGCAGACGAGCUAGCCCCUUUGAGAGACGAAUCCGCGGAAAAAGCAUCCCGGCGCAUCAGGGAGUUAGCCCACGAAGCCGUGCAGCAAGGCCAAGCGCAAGAGCAGCCAAUCCCCGAGAAUCCGGCCGCCGUGAACCAACAACAAGUGAUAGAAGCGGCCGCCCUUUUAGCUAGAGCUGCCCGGCCUAAGGGAAAGAUGGUAUCUAGAAAAGUGCUGUCGGUAGAACGGUUUGUGCCCGGUGCCAGACAAUCCAAUCAGCCCCCUCCUCCCGAGGGCCGGGGUCAAGUGCCGCAGCCUUCACCCCCACCGCAGGCCGGACGUGCCCGGAAGAAGCAAAAGGUCACCGAUCAACCUUCCACUUGCCCGGGCGAGGUCGCUGCCCAGACUCCUCCCCGUCCAACAGGUGGUAUUGUUAUCCGUGAGCCGCCGACUGAAGCCGGCACGGGGGGCGCGUCCUCCUCCCAAGUGGCUCCUGCGUGGGAGCCGAAGAUCCUUCUGGACGGCAAACCAUUGCCGUCAACCGCCUGCAUUCGGAUGUGGGAUAAAGGCGAGGGCGGCCGUAUUGCCCAAUCUUUGGCCGAAGCUCUCCAACUUCCCGAGGAUGUGCAUGCUUUCGAGGAUGGAUCCGAGGAGUCCGUAGGGCGCCGGUUAGAGUGGCACGCCAUUGCGGCUGCUCAAAUGGCCCACAUUGUGGCUGCUCGGGCACGGGAGCUUGCUGAGGAGAGCGAGCGCGAGAAGGAGGCGCGCGAGGCGGCGGUGAAAACGGCUAAGGAAAAACUGAAGGCCGCCGAGUCUGCUGAGAAAAAGGCUGCAGUUGCCGAGAAGAACCGGUCCCUUGCCGAGAAAAGGUGUGCGGAGCUCCUAACCCAGCAGAAUGAGACGGAGCUUAAGCUAGCCCAAGCUAUCAGCCUUAACACCUCCAAUGCCGAGGAGAUAGCUGACCUUAGGGCAGGCUUGGCAGCCGCGGAGCAGAAAUGGUAUGAUGUCGGCUUUGCUGAUGCCGAAAACUCUGUAGAGCCGGUGGUUGCUCGGGCUAGGAAUAUGGGCUUUGAGGCCGGGUGGUUUGCCGCCCUUCAGGCAAUGGGUGUUCCUGAGGAUUCGCAUCUGAGAGACCCCGGCCAAAUCCCAUUCCCGAGCCCCGCCCCUGCUGCUCAGGGUACCCCGGUGGCGAUUGACGAGGAAGAGACAGCCAGUAUGAGGGAGCUGGUUGAGCAAAUCGAUGCUCACGCCGAGCCUGAGGAAAUGGAAGUCACCAGUAUCCCGACUGUGCAGGAGCUUCUCGGUGAGGCCCCGCCUUUUUCUUUGGCCGGCCAGCAGGAAGUGAUACCGCCGAACCAACCUCCCCGCUAAUUUUGCUUUUAUCUUGCUUGCUCAUUUUUAUUUUAUUAGUUUUACUUGCUCACGUCACCGGGAUGCGGUGACCGAACAUUUGUUUUAUUUUGUUGGUUUUAUUUGCCUAUGUCACCGGGAUGUGGUGACCGAACAAUUGCUCUACUUUAAUUAGAAGUCCGUUUUCUUUUUCCGUUUGAAUUUGUCGAAUGAAAUUAUCUCUGUUCGUGUUUUGCUUG